AUGACGGACGUUGCCUAUACUUUGAUUUCCGAGCCAAACACGGCUGGGAAACCGUCCCAGCAGGACUUCAAGUCCUUGCUGGAAAAGAGUAAGGAUGACAUCAAAAUCGACGCGAUGAAGCAAAUUCUUAUCAGUAUGGUCAAUGGCGAUUCAAUGCCUGAUUUGCUGAUGCAUGUUAUCCGUUAUGUCAUGCCUUCGAAGAACAAGGAGCUGAAGAAGCUGCUUUAUUUCUACUGGGAGGUGUGCCCAAAGCUUGAUUCUGAUGGAAAGUUGAAACAAGAGAUGAUUCUUGUCUGUAAUGCUAUUCAGCAUGAUUUGCAGCACCCAAACGAAUACAUCCGUGGUAAUACUUUGCGUUUCUUGUCGAAGCUGAAAGAGCCUGAUCUUUUGGAGCCUUUGGUCCCAUCGUGUCGUCAGUGUUUGGAGCACCGUCACGCUUAUGUCAGGAAGAAUGCAGCGUUUGCCGUGUUCGCAAUUCACCAGGUUUCAGAGCAUUUAAUACCAGAUGCUGCCGAGUUGAUUGCUAGCUUCUUGGCAGUUGAGACAGACUCUACCUGCAAGCGCAACGCUUUCAUAUGUCUCGGAAGAUUGGACCGCGAGCAGGCUCUGCGCUACAUUCAGGAUAACCUUCCCUUGAUAUCCGCUUUGGAUCCACUUUUGCAGAUGGCUUUUAUGGAGUUCAUUCGUCAAGACGCUCUGCAGGCCCCAGAUUUGAACACCCAAUAUCUCCACAUCAUCUCGGAGUUAUUGGACUCCUCGAGCAACACUGUCAUCUAUGAGGCUGCUACUACCUUGACUAUCUUGUCAAACUCACAGCCUGUUGUUACAAGUGCUGCUUCCAAGUUCAUUGAUCUUGCUAUCAAGGAACCUGACAGCAAUGUCAAGCUAAUCGCGUUGGAGAGAGUUACUGACUUGCACAAGAAGAACCCAGGCAUGUUGGAUGAUAUGUGCCUUGAGAUAUUGCGUAUUCUCUCCGCUCAGGCCAUGGAUGUACGUAAGAAGGCUCUUGACUUGACCCUGGAACUUGUGUCCAGCCGCAAUGUCGAGGAUGUCGUCAAGCUCUUGAAGAAGGAGUUGCAAAAGACAGCCUCCUCCAACGAAGAAAAGACCAGCGAAUAUCGUCAACUACUCAUAUCUGCAAUUCACACUUGUGCGAUCAAAUUUGCUGAGGUUGCAGCGGGUGUGGUUGAUUUGUUGCUUGAGUUUAUGGGUGAAUUAAACAGCACUGCCGCUACUGACGUGAUCACAUUCGUCAAGGAAGUUGUUGAGAAGUACCCAGAGUUGAGAAGCUCGAUUGUUCAACGUCUGGUUGCCUCCUUGAAGAACGUUACCAGCGGAAAGGUUUAUAGAGGCUCUCUCUGGAUUAUUGGUGAAUACUGUACCGAUGAGAAGGAUAUCCAAGAUGCAUGGCGUCAUAUUAGAUCGAGUAUCGGCGAAGUACCAAUCUUGGCUUCGGAAAGAAGAGCCCAGAAUAAUGGCGAGGAAGUUGAGGAAGAGUCCAAGGAAAACGGGCAUCAUGGCCCAGUGGUCUUGCCGGAUGGUACGUACGCCACAGAAAGUGCGCUCUCUACUGUGACAGCUACAGCUUCAAAGACGUCCCAACAGACACCAUUGCGUGCUCUCAUUCUCCAAGGAGACUUCUAUUUGGCAGCUGUGCUUUCUUCUACUUUGGUCAAGCUCAUCCUCAGAUUCUCAAAAACCUCCAGCAACACAAACAUAUUGAAUGCUUUGAAGGCUGAGGCUAUGCUGAUAAUGGUUUCGAUACUGCGUGUUGGCGAGUCUAAUGUGGCCAAGAAACAAAUAGAUGAGGACUCUUCGGAGAGAAUUUUCUCUUGCGUGAAGUUCCUGUCAGAAGAGCAGAAGGACGAGAAGCUCGUUGAGUCCGCUUUCUUGGAAGAUACUAGAGAAGCAUUCAGGGCCCAACUUGACCUCGAAGAAAAGAAGAAGGCCGAGAAGGAUGCUCUGGAUCUUCAACAAACUGCUCAACAGGCCGAUGAUGUUAUCGUCUUCAGACAGUUUGCGAAGGAUACAUCUACCGAUGUUGUCGCUGAAGAUCUGGCAUUGGCUGCGAACUCGUCGAUCAAGCCACCUAGCCUUUCAUCAAAGCUGACGAAGAUCACUCAGCUGACUGGCUUCUCCGAUCCUGUUUAUGCUGAGGCUUUUGUCCAGGUCCACCAGUUCGACGUUGUUCUCGAUGUGUUGUUAGUCAACCAGACUACCGAUACAUUGAAGAAUUUGAGCGUCGAAUUUGCAACCCUGGGAGACUUGAAGGUGGUUGACAAGCCAACAACUCACAACAUUGGACCACACGGUUUCCACAGAAUUCAAACUACUAUCAAGGUCAGCUCGGCUGACACCGGUGUCAUCUUUGGUAACAUCGUCUACGAGGGACACCAUGCCAACGACAACACCAUUGUCAUUCUUAGCGAUGUCCAUGUAGACAUCAUGGACUACAUCAACCCAGCCAACUGCACGGAAGCCACUUUCCGCAAACUGUGGAAUGAGUUUGAGUGGGAAAAUAAGAUCACCAUCAAAUACUGUCACAUGCCUACUUUGAAAGACUACUUGGACACUUUGCUGAAGGGCACGAACAUGAACUGUCUGACCCCAGGGGCCGUGAUCGGCGAAGAAUGUCAAUUUUUGUCUGCAAAUCUCUACGCAAGAUCAUCGUUCGGAGAAGACGCUUUGGCCAACUUGUGUAUCGAAAAGACUGCUGAUGACAGGAUCGUGGGUCAUGUCCGUAUUCGUACUAAGGGACAGGGUCUGGCCCUCUCGAUGGGUGAUAGGGUCGCUGCCAUUGUCAGGAAAUCUGACAAGCCGCCUGUUGCUGCCGUAUGA